GGAGUGAAUGGGCCGCGCACAGCCAGCCGUAGUACCCGGAUGCGGAAGAACACGAUGUUUGCCGAUUCGGAACACAUGUGAUGUAAGAAGGGGUUCGGGAGACUCAUGUAUGGUGUGAUCAUUACUAUAAUACGCCUGUCCCCUCUAUGUCUAUUACUAGUUAUGGUUAUUGCCUAGUGGUGGUGCUAGCAGGGCCAUGAUACCCAGCAGACACUGCUUGGGGAGAGCUUAUUGAUGUAAGUGCAUUCUUCAUCAUCUUCACAUUAUCACAUAUAAUGCAGGCAGUGACCUUGCCAGUGCCAUUUAUUCAGGGUUUUUUUUUUUUGUUUUUUUUUAAUCACCACAUUGUUUUUUUGUUUUGCUGAAUAGGACAUGUAAUUUAAUAAUAGUAGAUUUGCAACGUUUUGGGCAAUAACAAUUAUUAGUUUUAUUAUUAUUAUUCCCAGUAAUGUACAGUAAGGAGACAACAAUGCUCUACAUAGCACUUAUGGCUACAGGCAUUACUGGUAUAUGCGGGCAUCAUUAUAAGAUCGUUUUUUGCAGUUAGGAAAUGCAUUAGAAUAACAAGGUUUGACGUUAAAUUGUGAUCUGUAGAGAAUGCUAAAUUGAUUCGAAGUAAACUUCAAAUUGUAGACCAAUAUGGCCAGACUGAAAAAAAGAUGCCCCAAAGAGUUUUUUUUUACAACCUCACACUUGUGAAAUAACUCUCGUCAUUUUUUCUCUCCAACCUAUGUUCAGGUGGUGAGAUAUUGGCCACAAAAGCAAGCCAAAAAAUGAUUGUCUAUAAUUUGGAAAUACUUAAAUUUUAGGGAUUUGAGUUGUGGUGUGGCAAUGGGUCGGGUUAUUUUGAGAAAUCUUAGGUGACUUAUAACAAUUUCUGCAACUAAAAUGUAAUUUUAAAGAAGAACAAUGUAUCUUAUUUACACAGUCUGAAUUCUAAACACAUUUAUUAUAGGUUAAAGACACAUUACUGUGACUUUUAUAGCUGUGGAGCUCUAUUAUACAUUUAGACACACCAACAGUAAAGAGCACCUAAAAAAUAAUUACAUUAUCUCGGUCUAUGAGAUACAGCUCUCAUUCAGUGUUUUUCUCUGGCUCUGCCUCUUCUUCCCCAAAUCCCUCUCUGUUGGUGUUCCCCAAGGGUCUAUCCUUGGUCUCCUAGUGUUCUUAAUCUACACUGCCUCCCUUGGUAAACUCAUCAGCUCCUUUGGCUUCCGGUAUCAUUUCUAUGCGGAUGGCACACAAAUUUAUCUGCCCUCCCCUGAAUUCUCACCACCCCUCUUGACUUGUGUCUCUGCUAUUUCCAACUAGAUGGCUGCUUAUUUCCUUAAACUGAACCUGCCUAAAACGGAACUUCUGGUAUUCCCUCCCUCAAGUGUUACUACUCCCUUGUCUGUGUCCCUCUAGGUCAAUGGCGCUACCAUCCUCUCUACCUCCAAGGCACGCUGCCUGGUUGUUCUUUUUGACUCUGACCUCUCCUUCAGCCUGGAUGUCCAAUCAAUCACCAAAUCCUGCCACUUCCAUCUCAAAAACAUUUUGCGCAUCCGACCCUAUUUAACACCUGAUACAGCAAAGGUGCUUGUCCAUGCUGCUGUCCUCUCUCGCUUUGACUACUGUAAUCAGCUUCUCAGUGGUCUUACGUGUUCACAACUUGCCCCGUUACAGUCUAUAAUGAAUGCAGCAGUGAGGCUCGUCUUCCUGUCCGCUCGCAUCUUCCACACCUCCCCCCUUUUUCAGUCCCUCCAUUGGCUUCCUGUAAGAUAUAGGGCUCACUUUAAGAUCCUGACACUUGCUUACAAAUCUCUACACAAUGCUGCUCCCACCUACUUAUCCUCACUAAUACACAAAUACGUCCCGUCUAGGCCCCUACGCUCUUCUGGAGACCUACAUCUAACCUCUGUUCAUACUCCUACCUCUGAUGCUCACCUUAAAGACUUUUCUAGGGCUGCACCGUUCCUAUGGAAUGCCCUCCCCUCUCUGUUAGACUCUCACCCAAUCUCCACUCCUUCAAAAAAUCUUACCAAUUGAACUGUGAACAGCUUUCCCUCCCUGCACCCUGAUUCCUCUCCUGAAACUGUCAUAAAAACAAAACACUAAACCCUCAGUGAAUACCAUCCUAGCAACCUACCUUUCUAACCUACCUUUACCUUCUGUGUCACUAUACCCCAAUCCCUCUAGCAUGUAAGCUCAGUCCCUCUAUUCCUGUGCGUCAAACCUUUCUGGUUACAAAUACGUGUCUGUUCGUCCACCCAUUGUACAGCACUAUGGAACUUGUUCCCGCUUUAUAAAUAAUUAGGAUAGAAAAGAGGGGCAGAGAGAUUCGGGCCCAAAAUAGGGACUAAGAAAUUGAGAAUGGCAGGUUUCUAGCACUUGUAGUAAAUGAAGAAGGCAGCUCAAACAACCCAAACUGGAGUCUCUUCUUUCCAAUCACGGAUACAGUGUAUACAAGAUGGGGUGGGGUAUGACUGCCAUGCCGGGCAGACUUGUGGGAAAGUGGGAAACACAGCGACCUAACCAAGAUGGCGGAUGCCAUGUGCGCAGCACAACCCAGACCUCGCAAGCAACCACACUUGAUAGAAUCUUUGCGAACUUCUGGGCAAAAUUAAAAUAGGGACUACAAGCACCCUCCUUCCAGAAGCCGGACUGUAACUCCCCACACGAGUGGCCCCCGAGCACUCAGCUCCCUACAACGGCAAGGGCUGUAGGCCAGUGGCAUCUCAACCAACACCCCCCUGCUAUUGUUAUAUCCAUUGUGUUGCUAGCCUAGUUCUUUUCAACAUAUAUUGUAAAAAUUAUGCUGCUCUCUUUCCUCAUGCGAAUUUAUCAACCUAACUUCCACACUCGUCGUAAUGGUUACGUAACAUAUCCCAAAGAAAUGAACACUUAACUUGCUCACUAGCUCACAACAGACACAUAUUACACAGCAAACUAUACUCUUGUCUAUACUGUUUUAACCUUAUAUAUUACUAAAAUGUGCAGUCUACUCAAAAUGCUGACCAACUAUUAUGUUAUAUAUGUUAUGUUUAAUACCGUACUUGUUGGAGCAUUGCAAAACCAGCUAUAUUGCUUUCUUGCACGACUAAAAUAAAGAAUUGAAAAGAAAAAAAAAAUGUAAAUAAGGAGAAUGGAAGUAGUGCCCUGGAAAAUCCUCCCAAUAUAAAGCUUUGGCAAUAGGUUAAACGUGUUUGUGAUAUAGCCUGUGGCCUUUGUCUCCCUGACCCUUCUGAGUCUGUGUUAAUUUCACAAGGAAGUACAGUGUGUGUAACUGCACUUCCUCACUACCCAGCCUACUUUGAAAAUGUUACGGGAAUCAGAAUAAAUUUUACGAGAGCUGUUAUACAGUUGUUUAUCUGCCCAUAUUUAUCUUUAGCGUAAUUUUAUUUGUCGUUCUUGGUUUUAUAACAAUUUGACCUGGAGCCAGCAUUACCUUCUUUGUUAGGUGUUACACUGGAUGGAUGUGGUAUGUGUUUAGUUACUAGAGUGAGAGAAGUGAGCAGAGGCAAUGUUGAGUGGGUUUAAAAAGUGUAGAAGUUAACUAAAAUGGUAAGCUUUCCUAAAGAGAUGCAAUUUUAGUGAUAGUUUUUAAAGAACUGGAGGCCAGGAGACAGAACAGGGUAGAGCACCCAAUAGAUGAGGUAAAGUAUUGUAGACAAUAAAUAGAAGAGGUGGAUCGAACAGAGGACAAGAAAAGGUGUAUGUGUAUAUAUAACAUUUUUAUUUUUUUUUAAAUCUGUUUUGUUUGAUUUUAGUACUUUUUAUAAGUUGUCAUCAAUGAAAGUAGUGAAUCUUUAUUUCUGUACCUGCCUGUUUCCUCUGACGUUUGGACAUCACCUUCCUUGGUGGGGAAUAUACCACCUACGCUCUUUGGAUUGAGGAAAACCAUUAUUUUGCUCUGCACCACUGAGUACAUUUCCAAAUAUUAUUAUAAUAUCUCUCUCCCUCUCACUCUCUAAGUGUGGGGAUUAUACCACUGCAUGCUUUUCACUAGGAGCCGCCACAAGAGUUCAAACAAGUUAAAGUGAGUGUACACCUAUAUAAAUACUCGCCCUAUUUAGUACACCAAAUCUACUACAAUAUAUUAGGGACCACACCCAUCUAGUUCAAGAAACAUACCACUUAUCCACAGGCGGGUAUUAUACCACUUAGGCGCACAGAAUUGGAGCCAAUUGUUAGCUCCGUAAAUUGCAAGUGCAUUUCCUUUUGCUUCCUCCAAUCAAUAUCUGACAUACUACACUAUAUUCAAUUUUUUUUCUACUCCUUUGUUGCAUAUUGUCCUGUAUCUGAGGAUUAAUGCUACCUCUCUCUUGUAUACAUUUUAUCCAAAAUAGGGACACUUUGGAGAUUCUGGUAAAGAUGCAUUCAGGAGUUAAUACAGAUGACACUAUAGUUUUAUUACCUUUUGUAAGAAAUUUUCUAUUGUGAUGUUUCCCUUUGAUAUGGUAAAUUGUGAUUUCAGAGCAGUGACAUUCAUAUAUUCUUACAAUGCUUUAUUUAUUUAUUUUUUCCCUCCAAUAGAAUGCUUGUAGGGGUGUGUGUUCGUCACUUGGCCCAAUCUACACCUGUGCACUGUGGAGCGAUGAUCUCUUUCAAUUCAAUCCUUAGACGUUCCCCUUCUCAUAUAAAAUGGUUUACGCACAGUAAAGGUGUCUCUACAUCCCCCAAGUUACAAAGUACUCAGAAGUCAAGUUCACCUCGACCUCCUGUGUCCCUACGUACAAGGCUUGGAGUGACUGGUAUUCUAGGUGGAGGUGCUUUGGGAGUGUGGUAUUAUCUGCGAUGGGAGAAGCAGAAACAGCAGAAGAUAAAGCGCAUACAGCAACUUCAAACUUUGGCCGUGGGCCUAGGUGAUUUCCGUCUGAUAAACCAUAUGGGUCAGCCCUGCUGUAAACAGGACCUGAGGGGGAAAUGGGUCCUCAUGUAUUUUGGAUUUACGCACUGUCCAGACAUCUGUCCAGAUGAGCUUGAAAAAAUGAGCUCUGCUGUGUCCCUGCUCGAUAAAGACCCCACAGUGCCACCUGUCUUGCCUGUCUUUAUCACAGUUGAUCCAGAGCGUGACAAUGUGCCAGCUCUAGCAAAGUAUGUGAGCGAAUUUCAUCCGCGUCUACUUGGUCUUACAGGGACCCCUGAACAGGUGAAGGAGGUUGCAAAAGCAUAUCGUGUAUAUUACAGUGCUGGCCAACCUGAUGAGGACAAUGACUACAUUAUAGAUCAUACAAUUAUAAUUUAUCUUCUUAACCCAGAUGGACUUUUCACUGAUUACUACAACCGUGGCAAAACAGACCAAGAGAUAGCAGAUAGUGUGAAGCGACACAUGCAAACAUACACAUCUGUAUUCAGCUGAGGACAGUUGUCAAGCUAAUAAUUUAGCACUCCUCUUGAAACAACCACCAGGUUUGGUACUAGUUAAAGUAUGAUAUACUAAAGGCUCAGGUAAAACUGUCCUAAUUUGAGAUUUGAAGUGUACCUUUCAUUGGCAAAUUAAAUCAUUUAGUAUUCUGUUUUACACUGGUGUGUGCUCUUUUUAGGACAAGGUUUAAAAAAAUAAAUAAAAAGUAAAUUACAAAGUAGUGAAAGUUGUACUAACAAGAACAAGGGUCUGCUGCCUGCAAUACUAGAACUUGGUGAUUUCUUCCAUUAUUGUGCAUUAAUAGGAAAAUUCCUUAUCCUAAUACUUUACUGUUUCCGAAGAGGUUACUAGCACGGUGUACUGCAUAAAGCUAUUAUCUGUUAAAGGGUGUUCACCUUAAUCGCUACAAGUCAUUGUAGCUAUAAUGGAGCAAUGAGUAUUAGUUUACGGACCCAUCUUUCUCUGUAUACUCACUUUUCAGUGAUAUGACAAAAAACUCUUGUGAUCAUGCAAACCCUAGUCCCAAUGCAGCUGUGUAGGUCAUGUAGAAGAUUAACUUCUACAAAGCCAUCUAACUUUUUGUACAAUUAUAGGCUGUGAGCACUAGGUUCGGUUAGCUGUACAAUUGUGCUACAGUUAAACAAGGAAGCUAUGCUUGUCAAAUUACAUGUGGGAUAAGGGGUUAGGUUUGGUUGCCACUUGCAGAAGUUACCAUUGGCAUAACCUGGAUCUAAAUCAGGUCUAAACAAAUCCAAGGUUGCUGUGGAGAAUUUAAAGUGGAACCCUGGGGCUUUGUCUCCCUAACCCUUCUGAAUCUGUUUGUUAGGAUAUUAAACCUCCCCUGACUCACUGUCAUUUACACAAGGAAGUACAGUGUGUGUAACUGCACUUCCUCACUACCCAGCCUACUUUGAAAAUGUUACUGGAAUCAGAAUAAAUUUUACUAGAGCUGUUAUACAGUUGUUUAUCUGCUCAUAUUUAUCUUUAAUGUAAUUUUGUCGUUCUGGGUUUUAUAACAUUUUGACCUGGAGCCAGCAUUACCUUCUUUGUUAGGUAUUAAACUGGAUGGAUGCGAUAUGUGUUUAGUUACUAGAGUCAGAGGAGUGAGCAGAGGCAAUGUUGAGUGGGUUUAAAAAAGUGUAGAAGUUAACUAAGAUGGUAAGCUUUCCUAAAGAGAUGCAAUUUUAGUGAUAGUUUUUAAAGAACUGGAGGUCAGGAGAAAGAACAGGGUAGAGCACCCCAUAGAUGAGGUAAAGUCUUCUAGACAAUAAAUAGAAGAGGUGGAUCGAAGAGAGGACAAGAAAAGGUAAUUAGUGGAGUAAAGGGAAUGAGAAGGGGUUUAUUUGAGGAUUAGAUAUAGUGUGAUGAGGGUAGUGUUAAAGCAGAGGUGGGGAACCUUUGGCCCUCCAGAUGUUUUGGACUACAUCUCCCUUGAUGCUUUGCCAGCAUUAUGGGAGAUUUAGUCCAAAACAUCUGGAGGGUCAAAGGUUCCCCACCCUUGUGCGAAGGGACACUCCACUGCCUAAAUAUAAAAAAACUGUGUAGUAGAUAUACCUGUAAUUUGGGAUCAAUCGAUUAUCGGUCUGGCCAAUAUUAUGUAUUUUCAGCAAUAUCGGUAUCGGCCAAUAAAGAUGCCGAUAUUGCUGAUAAUGCAGACCAGGACCGCCAUCAGAGCCCUGGGGGGCCCAGCACACUUUUACUUACCUUCCCAGCAGCUCCCUUCAGCUCCCCUGUCUAAAUCUCGUGGCCGUCAAUGUUGCCACGGGUUACCAUGGCAAUGCUCUGCGCGGCACACAGGCCGCAAGAGUUAGACAGGGGAGCUGAAGGGAAGGAUAGUAAGAGUGUGCUGGGCCUCCUCUGCACUGUCCAUGGCACCGGACCACCAGGGAAUGCCAUAUUUCCCCCCUCUCC